CUGUUUUUUCUUCAUCCCCGUGAAGACUUUUCCCACGUCUUCGCUGUUGGCUUCCGCAGACCGUGCUGUUUCUCUUUCGCAUGGACGCUGCUGGAGCAGCGGGGCUCAGAAACCAGACUUACUUCACCUUGCAGGGGUUCUCCCACCUCGCCGCUCUCCAGGUCUUCCUCUUUCAGGGAAUUCUCCUGAUGUUCCUGGUCACGAUGGCGGGGAACUCCCUCAUCAUCAUAGUUGCAACCACUGACCCUGCCUUGCACACCCCCAUGUACUAUUUUCUCAAAAACCUGGCUUUCAUUGAAAUUUGCUUUACGCUAAACAUCGUCCCCAAGAUGCUUGUGGAUUUGUUGUUGGAGAGAAAGGUCAUCUCCUCGUCUGCCUGUGCCCUGCAACUUUAUUUUGUCAUAUUCUUCAUCACUUCCGAGUGUUUCCUUUUGGGCGCCAUGGCAUACGACCGAUACGUGGCUGUAUGCCAUCCCUUGCACUACGCCAUAAUGAUGAACAGGAGAGUCUGUCUCCAUAUGGCGAUAGCAUGCUGGAUGGCCGGCAUUCCGCUCUCCGUGGGACUCACCGCUUGGCUCUUUAGCUACCCCUUUUGCGGCUCAAAGGAGAUUGAACAUUUCUUCUGCGACAUCACUCCUGUUCUGGACCUGGUCUGUUCAGACACAUACUUAUUCGAGCUUCUUCUGUUCAUUGCUACUGUUAUAAUCAUUUUGAUCCCAUUUAUCUUGACAGCAGCUUCUUACAUCCAGAUAAUCCGCACCGUCCUCCAAAUGCCAUCUGCCGAAGGAAGACGCAAAGCUUUUUUCACCUGCGUUGCUCACCUGGUGGUGGUGACACUUUUCUACUGCACAACUGGCGUGGUGCAUUUAAAGCCAAAGUCCAGCCUCUUGGCAAACAGCAGGAAACUGGUGGCUCUUUCUUACACAGUAGUGACUCCUAUGCUGAACCCCAUCAUCUACAGCUUACGGAACAAAGAAGUAAAGCAUGCCCUGAGGAGGACGUUUGGGAGGAGACAAUUCUUCAGCCAGGUUGUCAUUCGUAUUGGAAGACAAAUGCCUCUGCACGCUACAGCCAACGGUGCCAACUGA